CAGCACUCGCUGGGUCGCCAGGGUAUAAAUUCCUGGCAGCUUUAUUAUCCACUUCAUCUAACUCCACACUAACACCACCCUCACUAACAAGACCUUUUUAUAUUGACGAGUAGAACAACGAGAGGUCGGACUCCCAACAAUGAACAGUCAGUCAGCCAUCAACAAAGACGUCUUCAUCCCCAGUAAUGAGCGGAUGCUGGUGGCAGUGGAGGUGCGCAGGAGGAAAAAGAAGAGAAUGUCUUUCCUGUCCCACGUAUCCAAAGGAGAAUAUGCAACAUUCAUUUGUGUGUCAGUGACAAACACCAGGCCACUACAGCUGAUCAUUUCAAAAGUGAAACAGUUCAGGGGCUCCUCAAGCUUCACAAGGACAUCCCAGUGGACGGUGGAGCAGCUCCGACAGGUCAACGGCAUCAACCCCAACAAGGACAGUCCCGAGUUUGACCUAGUGUUUGUUAACACAGUGGAUCAGUGGGUGGCCAGCUCUGCAGCAGAGAAGUGUAUUCUCAUCCAGAUACUAUAUCGUGCCUGCCAGACCUACUGGGAGGGGAAGGCAGGAAGUCUGGUAAAAGCGAAUCGCCAGGGUACCCUUCCAGUUGUGGAGGCUGGUCACAGUGACUCCUCCCCUUCAUCUAGAACACGGCAAGUCCGACGGAAGAGCCUGGUUGUAUCCAAACCACCAGAGUUCAUCAACUGCCCGUCCAAACUCACAAGAGGUAAUCCGAUAUCACAACACACAGUACAGUGGUAACUCGGUUUUAUUACG